AUGGAUGGAUCUGACUCUGUUGAGUCGCGGUGGCUUACGCAACUGGCUGCCAUGCGGCAGGCCAUCGCAGAGCUAAAGCUUCCGAAAGACCCCGCUACAGACCAGCUUGGCUAUGGCAGUGACUUGGAUCUAGAUCUUGACGAGGACUAUUCUUCGCCCGGUACCGUCGACGAUAUUUGGGAUGUCAUCAGCUCCGACGAUGAGUCUAGUGCUGAUUUCGAGGAGCUCGAUGAUUUUGCUUCUCCCUCGGCGUCAUCUUAUGACCAGUUUUGGCUAGAGCAGAAAUGCCAGAGCCUAACAUCUCAGAAGCCCGGACUGAGUGCCAAUGAGCUAGCCCAACAGAUCACAGCUGCGCUAGCGACCGACAGCGGAGACGACGAACUGCAGAUGUCCCUGGCUGAGAUCGUUGGGUUCGAUGACCUGGACUUCGUGAUUGAGUUGAUCGCACACCGGACGGAAAUCCUCAGGAGCGUUCACACUGGCCCAGAGGCGCAAACAGACGGUCUUUUCUCAGGAAGGUUGCAGACAAGGGCAGAACGGGAACAGGCUCUGCGACAGCAGGACUUCGAACACAAGAAUGCACCAUUAAUGCCGGCGCAAACGAGACAGGAGCCACAGUAUCCCCAUGUUUUUAAGUCGCAUGACAAUAGGAACGUACUUUCGUUUAGUGGAAAGAAAUAUGGUCUGCCUCUUGGGAGCAAACAGAUAGAUGAGCAGAAAUAUACCGAAGUGGAGGUUCCAGCAUCUAGGGUAGGCACUUUGGGAGCCACGCAAAAGCUGGUGCAGAUAUCUUCAUUGGAUGGCCUAUGUCAAGGCACCUUCAAAGGCUACAAAUCACUGAACAGAAUGCAAAGUUUGCUGUAUGAAGUUGCUUACAAAACAAGCGAAAAUAUGCUUAUUUGUGCUCCAACUGGUGCCGGUAAGACGGACGCCGCGAUGCUGACGAUUCUCAAUGCCAUUGGGAAGAAUACUAUUCCAAAUCCUGUUGAACAACCGGAGGCAACAGAGUUUGCCGUUCUGGUGGAUGACUUUAAGAUUGUUUAUGUGGCUCCGAUGAAGGCGCUGGCUGCUGAAGUCACUGAGAAGCUUGGGAAGCGAUUAGCCUGGCUCGGUAUCCAGGUCCGUGAACUGACUGGUGACAUGCAACUGACAAAGCGCGAGAUCGUAGAAACACAAAUCAUUGUUACCACCCCUGAGAAAUGGGACGUGGUAACGCGGAAGAGCACUGGAGACACUGAGCUUGUACAGAAAGUACGGUUGCUGAUCAUCGAUGAAGUUCAUAUGCUCCACGACGAGCGUGGUGCCGUUAUCGAAUCUUUGGUCGCCCGUACGCAACGUCAGGUCGAGAGUACGCAAUCACUCAUCCGUAUCGUUGGUCUUUCUGCCACUCUGCCCAACUAUCUUGAUGUCGCCGAUUUCCUCAAGGUGAAUAAGAUGGCUGGUCUAUUCUACUUUGACAGUUCGUUCCGACCUGUUCCUCUUGAGCAACACUUCAUUGGCGUUAAAGGAAAGCCUGGCUCCAAACAGUCUCGAGAAAACAUCGAUGUUGUAUCUUACGAGAAAGUGCGCGAUAUGCUUGAAAGAGGACAUCAGGUCAUGGUCUUCGUGCAUUCGCGGAAAGAUACUGUCUUAACUGCUCGAAUGUUGAAACAAAUGGCUGCUGAUGAGGGCUGUGAGAAUCUCUUCAGCUGCCAAGAUCACGAAAAUUACUCAAAUGGGCUUAGGGAUAUGAAACAUGCUCGUGCUCGUGAAUUGCGGGACCUGUUUGCCAGUGGUUUUGGAACCCAUCAUGCUGGAAUGAGCCGGAGCGACCGCAAUUUGAUGGAACGUAUGUUCUCUGAAGGUCUGAUUAAAGUUCUUUGCUGUACCGCCACACUGGCAUGGGGUGUCAACCUUCCUGCCGCUGCGGUUGUUAUUAAAGGCACACAAUUAUACAAUCCCCAGGAGGGAAAGUUCGUCGACCUUGGCAUUCUCGAUGUCCUUCAGAUUUUUGGUCGUGCUGGUCGUCCCCAGUUCCAAGACACGGGUAUCGGCUUCAUUUGUACCACACAUGAUAAGCUGCACCACUAUCUCUCUGCAGUGACUUCUCAGCAGCCGAUUGAGUCUCGUUUCUCUAGCCGACUUGUAGACAAUCUAAAUGCCGAGAUUUCUCUUGGCACGGUCACCUCCGUCCCAGAAGCAGUGCAGUGGCUAGGAUAUUCGUACCUCUUUGUGCGCAUGAAGCGUGAGCCUAGGAAUUAUGGCAUUGAAUGGGCUGAGAUACGUGACGAUCCCAUGUUGGUCCAAAGGCGUCGCCAAUUGAUCAUUCAGGCUGCCCUCGUAUUGCAAAAAAGUCAAAUGAUCAUCUUCAACGAACGGACAGAGGAGCUUCGAGCGAAGGAUGUUGGCCGCAUUGCAAGCCAGUACUACGUUCUGCAGAACAGCAUCGAAAUUUUCAACGAAUUAAUGCGUGCCGAAGCAGGAGAAGCAGACGUGCUGAAAAUGAUCAGCAUGAGUGGUGAAUUCGACAAUAUCCAAUCGAGAGAAAACGAGUCAAAGGAGCUGGACAGGCUACGGGAAGAAGCCGUUCAGACAGAAAUAGAGGGUGGAAAUGAUUCUCCUCAUGCAAAAACCAAUAUUCUGCUACAGUCCUAUAUCUCUCGUGCUAAGGUUGAAGAUUUCGCAUUGGUAUCGGACACCGGCUAUGUUGCACAAAAUGCAGCUCGUAUAUGCCGCGCUCUAUUCAUGAUUGCAUUGAACCGACGUUGGGGUUACCAAUGCCAAGUUCUGCUGUCGAUGUGCAAGUCCAUUGAGAAGCAGAUCUGGCCUUUCGAUCACCCAUUCCAUCAGUUUGAUCUUCCCCAGCCUGUCCUCAGAAAUCUGGAUGAGAGGCUGCCCAGUUCCUCUAUAGAAUCGAUGAGAGACAUGGAUGUUGCAGAGAUCGGACAGCUGGUUCACAACCAGAAAAUGGGCAAGACUCUAGCAAAAUUAUUAGACAAUUUCCCUACCCUCAGCGUGGAGGCUGAAAUCGCACCUCUCAACCGCGACGUCCUGCGCAUCCGCCUAUGCCUCUAUCCCGAGUAUACUUGGAAUGACAGGCAUCAUGGCGCUUCAGAGUCGUACUGGGUCUGGGUAGAGAACUCGGAAACCUCCGAGAUCUACCACCAUGAGUAUUUCAUCCUGAGCCGAAAGAAACUUCAUGACGAGCACGAGCUCAACUUUACCAUCCCACUUUCGGACCCAUUACCAAGUCAAAUUUACGUCCGUGCGAUAUCAGAUCGAUGGUUAGGUGCGGAAACGGUAACUCCAGUCUCAUUCCAACAUCUUAUUCGUCCCGACACAGAAAGCGUUUAUACAGACCUUCUAAAUCUCCAACCACUGCCUAUUUCUGCUCUCAAAAACCCCAUUCUCGAGGAACUCUAUGGACAGCGAUUCCAGUUCUUUAACCCGAUGCAAACACAGAUUUUCCACCUUCUUUAUCACACUUCUGCCAACGUCCUCCUAGGUUCCCCUACCGGAAGUGGAAAGACUGUGGCUGCAGAGCUAGCUAUGUGGUGGGCGUUUAGGGAAAAGCCUGGGUCGAAGGUUGUGUACAUCGCACCGAUGAAAGCACUUGUCCGCGAGCGAGUCCACGACUGGAAAAAGCGCCUCACAGGGCCUAUGGGCCUGAAGUUGGUCGAGUUGACUGGUGAUAAUACUCCGGACACGCGAACCAUUCGAGAUGCAGACAUCAUUAUCACAACACCUGAGAAAUGGGACGGUAUCUCUCGUAGUUGGCAGACCAGAGAUUACGUUCGCAAGGUCAGCUUGGUGAUCAUUGAUGAAAUCCACUUGCUAGGCGGUGACCGAGGACCUAUUCUUGAGAUCAUUGUAUCUCGAAUGAAUUACAUUGCUUCACAGUCUAAGGGAUCCGUUCGGCUGAUGGGUAUGUCCACUGCUUGUGCAAAUGCCACCGAUUUGGCGAAUUGGCUGGGUGUGAAAGAAGGGCUAUACAACUUCCGGCACUCUGUGCGUCCUGUGCCUCUCGAGAUUUACAUUGAUGGCUUCCCUGAGCAACGUGGAUUCUGUCCACUCAUGCAGUCUAUGAACCGACCAACUUUUCUGGCUAUCAAAAACCACUCUCCAGAAAAGCCCGUGAUUGUUUUCGUCGCUUCCCGUAGGCAGACUCGUCUAACUGCCAAGGAUCUGAUCAAUUAUUGCGGAAUGGAAGAUAAUCCUCGUCGAUUUGUUCGCAUGUCGGAGGAUGAUUUAGAGUUGAAUCUCACGCGAGUCAAGGACGAUGCCUUGCGUGAGGCGCUCAGCUUCGGCAUCGGUCUGCACCAUGCUGGUUUGGUGGAAUCUGAUCGUCAGCUAGCCGAGGAGCUUUUCGCAAACAACAAGAUACAAAUUCUUGUCGCGACUAGUACUCUGGCAUGGGGUGUUAACCUUCCAGCACACCUUGUGGUUGUCAAAGGAACCCAGUUCUUUGAUGCAAAGAUUGAGGGUUAUAGGGACAUGGACUUGACUGACGUUCUGCAAAUGCUGGGUCGUGCAGGUCGUCCGCAGUUCGACUCGUCUGGUAUUGCUCGAAUUUUCACUCAAGACUCAAAGAAGGCCUUUUACAAGCAUUUCUUACACACUGGUUUCCCAGUAGAAUCCACUUUGCACAAAGUCCUCGAUAACCACUUGGGAGCCGAAGUUUCUGCAGGAACAAUUACAACAAAACAGGAUGCACUGGAUUACCUGACGUGGACGUUUUUCUUCCGGAGACUGCAUAAGAACCCUUCGUACUAUGGCUUGGAGAUCUCGGCCGAGGAGCACAAUACUAUCGCCGCUCAGACUAUCGCCCAAGAUUUCAUGAUUGACUUGGUCGAUAAGUCACUCGGCGAGUUAGCAACGUCAUCAUGUGUUUUGCUUGAUUCCGCCACAGGUGAAGUCGACCCGACACCAUUUGGCAAGGUUAUGAGCUACUACUAUUUGUCACACAAGACAAUUCGGUACCUCAUGGCACAUGCAAAGCCGAAUCCUACAUUCCAUGAUGUCUUGAGCUGGAUGUGUUCCGCGACAGAAUUUGAUGAGUUACCUGUUCGACAUAAUGAAGAUCUCAUUAACGCAGAGUUGGCUCAGAACCUACCGCUAUCUGUUGAAUCGAUGGGAGACCUACCAAUGUGGGAUCCCCACGUGAAAGCGUUCUUAUUGCUUCAAGCCUACAUGUCGCGAAUUGAUCUUCCGAUUUCCGAUUAUGUCGGAGAUCAGACCUCUGUUUUAGAUCAGGGCAUCCGUAUUCUGCAAGCCUCGAUCGAUGUCAUGGCCGAAUUAGGCUACCUGCAUGCUUGUCAAAUGCUCAUGUCUCUGCUUCAAUGCAUUAAGUCAGCUAGGUGGCCUGAAGAUAUCCCACUGUCGAUUCUUCCAGGCGUUGGUGUUAGCGCCAAAGCACCCUUCCUCCCGGGUUCCCUCGCUGCGCUCUCAUCUCUACCUACGGGUGCAGUGUCAACCCUCUCCAAGAAACUACAGCUUCCUCCUUCCCAGGCCGCCCAAUUUACCAAAGCUGCCUCCUAUCUGCCGAAUCUGUCGGUAUCAGUCUCCAAGGUCUCGUCAACUGGUAUCAGUGUAUCCUUGACCAGACGCAACCCCGCAAUGGACUCGGGAUACAGAAUCUACGCACCUCGAUUCCCAAAGCCACAAACAGAAGGUUUCUUCUUGAUCGUCUGCAGCGCAGCCUCAGACGGUAAAGAUGGAGAACUACUUGCUCUAAAGAGAAUCUCCUGGCCCCCUGUCGAGAAGCAGCGCAACAACCGCGGCAACAAUAACGCCGGAUCGAGCAAGCCCGGAGAGAAAAACAAUCAUAGAGGUGGACCUCCUCUCACAAUCCGGUCGUCUGUCAAAUUCCCAGAUACGGCAGCUAAGAAUGGCAUCAAGGUCAAGGUCAUCAGCGAUUCGUAUCCUGGCAUGGAAUGGACGCUACCAACCGUGGAAGUGGAUAUGGGUCCUGAAAAACAGGUCGUCGCAGAGUCGGCCAAUUACCCAGAGAAGAGUUGA